AAAAAGUGAUCCGCCGUCAACACAAUUAUAUUUGUACGAAAAAUACAACAUCUAUUUAUUUAAGAGUAUCGCAGAAAAUAUCAAGAGUUAGAAAAUGAAGAAAUUAAGAAUUUGUUGCCAUAUUCCCAAAUGACUUAUGAAGAUGCUGCUUAUAUUGAGCCUGAUUUGACAUUAGAUCUUGACAACAAGCCAACAUUCUGGCCUCAUCAAGAAAUUGAUUAUGUAUUUGACGAGCCACAAGAAGAAGGGUCAGGAAGACAAAAAAAAGCUUAAGCUGAUCAUUAAUUUAUUCAUUCCACAUAACAAAAUAUAUGCAAAAAGUGAUCCGCCGUCAACACAAUUAUAUUUGUACGAAAAAUACAACAUCUAUUUAUUUAAGAGUAUCGCAGAAAAUAUCAAGAGUUAGAAAAUGAAGAAAUUAAGAAUUUGUUGCCAUAUUCCCAAAUGACUUAUGAAGAUGCUGCUUAUAUUGAGCCUGAUUUGACAUUAGAUCUUGAAAACAAGCCAUCAUUCUGGCCUCAUCAAGAAAUUGAUUAUGUAUUUGACGAGCCACAAGAAGAAGGGUCAGGAAGACAAAAAAAAGCUUAAGCUGAUCAUUAAUUUAUUCAUUCCACAUAACAAAAUAUAUGCAAAAAGUGAUCCGCCGUCAACACAAUUAUAUUUGUACGAAAAAUACAACAUCUAUUUAUUUAAGAGUAUCGCAGAAAAUAUCAAGAGUUAGAAAAUGAAGAAAUUAAGAAUUUGUUGCCAUAUUCCCAAAUGACUUAUGAAGAUGCUGCUUAUAUUGAGCCUGAUUUGACAUUAGAUCUUGAAAACAAGCCAUCAUUCUGGCCUCAUCAAGAAAUUGAUUAUGUAUUUGACGAGCCACAAGAAGAAGGGUCAGGAAGACAAAAAAAAGCUUAAGCUGAUCAUUAAUUUAUUCAUUCCACAUAACAAAAUAUAUGCAAAAAGUGAUCCGCCGUCAACACAAUUAUAUUUGUACGAAAAAUACAACAUCUAUUUAUUUAAGAGUAUCGCAGAAAAUAUCAAGAUGCAGGAAAUAGAAGAGUUUAAAAAGGUAGCUGCCUCUAAUAUUAAAGUAGCAGAAUUAAGGAUCGAGGAAAUUAAGAAUUUGUUGCCAUAUUCCCAAAUGACUUAUGAAGAUGCUGCUUAUAUUGAGCCUGAUUUGACAUUAGAUCUUGAAAACAAGCCAUCAUUCUGGCCUCAUCAAGAAAUUGAUUAUGUAUUUGACGAGCCACAAGAAGAAGGGUCAGGAAGACAAAAAAAAGCUUAAGCUGGUCAUUAAUUUAUUCAUUUUGUUAGUUACAUUAUAAUUUUACCCAUUUUUUCAAAAAAUAUAUUGGAAUAAAUGUUUAUAUAAAUGGAAAAUAUAUUGUAUUAUUAUUAUAAUUAUUAAUUGUUUAAUUUCAUACAGUGUGAUCACAGCUAUUCUCGUGCACUAAUGUCAUAAAACAUGUUUUCUGUUUCAACGGUCACCGGCCGUAAAAAGAGCUUUUAUUUGCUAUUGCAUAUAACUUGAAGUAUAAUGUAUUUAUAAACAUUUAAAAUUUUUUACUGGCUAGACAAACUAACAAAAAAUACAAAUUUAAAUAUAAAUAUCGAUAUAAAAAAAUCGAUAUAUCGAAACAGUAUAUCGAUAUAUCGUUGCUAUCGCAACAGCUGCGUGAUAAUAUAAAUAAUUUGUAAGAAUCAGAAUGCAUUUGUAAAUUGAAUAAAUUCAAACAAAGUGUGCUUUUGUUAUACAUUUUUUAUACAAGUUAUUAUAUUAAUUGAAAUGGCUAGAAGAAUUGCUCAGUCGUCUGUUAAUUGGAUUGCUAUUAGUGAACGUGUUCCUGAAGCUGAAAAAGCUGCUUAUUUAGCUUUUAAAGCUAAAUCUGAUGGGUACCUCCGAAAAAUGUUUGCAUUAUCCCCAGAAGCACCUAAAAUUGAUUGGACCAAGUACAAGAAUGCUAUUCCUAUGGCUGGUGGUUUAGUUGAGAAUUUCGAAAAGCAAUACAACGCCGUUAAAAUUCCAUAUCCCGAAGACAAAUAUACAGCAUUUAUUGAUAGCUCUGAAAGAAAAACUAUGCAGGAAAUAGAAGAAUUUAAAAAGGUAGCUGCCUCUAAUAUUAAAGUAGCAGAAUUAAGGAUCGAGGAAAUUAAUAAUUUGUUGCCAUAUUUCCAAAUGACUUAUGUUAUAAUUCAAAAAUAAUAAGCAAAAUAGGUAAAAAGUUGGUAAAAUAUAAAUGAUGUAUAAUAUAUAUGAUUACCGGACCAUAGGUGGAAUUUAAUUUUAAGUUAAUUAAAAGUAUAAUCUAAUGUUAAUAUGUCGUUAUAUGUAUAAAUUACUAUAAUACCUCAUGUAUUAUUAAACACAAUUAUGACACUUAAAGUUGUUUGUGGGUGAUAUGUAAAACAUAUCGUAGCCCGUGUCUAGAUUAAAGAAUAGGGUUAAAUACACGCGAGUAAUUAAGUUACUCGCGCAAUAAAAUAAAUAUUACAGUUGAAAUUAAUAAGGAAAUUUAAUUUAAUUGUUAAAAAAAGAAAAUUAAGUUAAACAUGGACUAAAAUGCGAAUGCAUCAAAAACCAUGUCUACAAAUAAAAGCAAUACAAAUAAAAUAAAAUAUUUAAACAAAACAAACAAAUAAUAUUACAAACAUCAUGGACGGUAUUGGAACACAUCCGUUAAUGUUAAUCGGAAAUUAAUGAAGGACACUAGGAGUGGUCUGGACACUCGCUCCUUAGCGUUGGCUAGAAGAAAAGGGAAACAAGUGCUCUCCACAUAUAAACAAAAUUAAGGUAAUUUACAAUAAAAUAAUUAAUAAAAUAUAGCU